CCACCGUUUACCUAACUUACCUCGUUCAAAUAAUUCUUCGGAUAUGCUUGAUAGUUCCGAGGUUCCUCGCUGCGAAAUUUUCUCCGAUGCUACCAACGUUCGGGAGAGCCUACACUUCCACCCAUCACAACUUCCAACGCCAGGUACACCGUUAGACGAUGAAAAACCAAAGCGCCGUAUAUCACAGUCUGACGAAACACCUACGAAGAAGCCGAGACUGAUGGUUGCAGAAUCUAGCCGCGGCAAUGAUGAAAUUGACGUUGUGGUCAAAAGACGAGGUUGUCGUCGUACAGUGUUUCGAACGUUGGACCUAGCUUCCAAUGGCUAUCCUGCUAAGCCUCAUAGGAUGCUUUUGCCAUCUCGCAACAUUCUUCAGUCAUUUGUGUCCUCGCAUACAUCGGAUGUUUUCAAAUGUCAUUCAAGAACAGUUGACUCUUACGUUACACCCCCUUACGCCUGUGCAUACUCCAAUGAAGCAAAACGUGGUGGUGUACCCCUUCUUGCUGUUGCCACGGAGCAAGGGUCCAUCCACAUUCUCGAUGCGACCAAACGGAAAGAAUGGGAUUGUGAACCUGCACGAGUGACCCUCGAGCCCCAUGACAAUGGUAUUUUUGACGUCAAAUGGAAUGCGGACGACACUCUUCUUGCUACGGCAUCUGGAGACAAAAGCACGAGGAUAUCCUCUGUGGAGACGCAACAAUUGCUUUCCAUUCUUGAUGGCCAUACCAGCACUGUAAAAUGUGUUGCGUGGGAUCCAGCGCAUCGAGACCUUUUGACUACGGGUGGCAGGGACGGCAUGCUUUGCUUGUAUGACCUGCGAGUCAACAACUUAUCCGAUCAAGAUGAAAUCCCCGCAAGAAGUGCUGUAAUCACAAUCACCGCUGCUCACGGACAGGAUAAAGUUUCUGGAGGCAGACAAAAGAUUCGACCUUUACCCAGAGGUAUCACAAAUAUUCUUUACCCCGAUGACCGACCUCACGGACUAGUCAGUAGCGGAUCUUUUGAUGGCAUCUUACACUACUGGGACCUUCGCCUUCCUUCGAACAAGUCAUCAAAGCGCAGCCCCAAAAAACCAUCACACAACCCGCUAUUUUCUUCUAUCAUGGACCCGACUAUAUGUCAUGGUGCUCGUUCUCGAGGUAUCACAAGCAUGUCUCAAGGAACAGGUCCCAGCGCAGGCCUCCUCUUUGCUCUCGGCGCCGAUUCUCGCUUGUACAUCUAUUCUUACCCUACCCUGACUCCACUUCGCACUGAAACCCACCCGAACCUCCAAACGAACUCGUUCUAUGUCCGACUAGCUACUUCUCCAUGUGGACGCUGGCUCGCAAGCGGCAGCACGAGCCUAGCUGGAAGCUUGUUCCUUUUUGAUAUCAGUAACGCAGGCAGGAUAGCGCCAUCUUACGGCAAGAGGGCUGAUGAACCAAUUUCCCCAACAGUCCGUUUCCGUGGACAAUCGGGUGAAAUUGGAGCAGUCGACUGGGCAAAGGACAUGGUUGCGAGCUGUGCUGAUGACGGAACAGUACGAAUCUGGAGGCCUGAUUUGGAGGUGUAUCAAAAUUGUAUCUCCAAUUCGGAGGAACAAAAGUGGGAUUGGUUUUGGUCCGCCUGAAUUCAUUGACCUACACAUCUUGACGUGGGUGUAGUGGUUGUCAUUGGAAAAAAACACUUUACAAUUAGACCUGUGAUAUGAAUAGUGUUGAGUCAAACGUUUUGAUGGCC